CUGCCUCCCGCGCAGAGCGGAGGAGGGCGGCUGCCGCCCGCGGAUGCUGGAGCGCGGGCGGCGCGAACAAGGGAGCUGUCCUUCAGCACCACCGCGGGCCGCGGAGCGCUCCUCCCGCAACGCCGCCCGGGGAGCUGUCCUUCAGCACCACCGGAGGCCCGGGAGCGCUCCUCCCGCACCGCCGCCUGGGGAGCUGUCCUUCAGCACCACCGCCGCGGGGGAGUCGUCCAGCGCCGCCGCCGCCUCGAUGCAGUAGCGGGGCCAGGGAGUCGCCGGGGGCCGCCGCGGGGCAAGGGGGGCCGCAGCCGGGCACCGCUCUGAGCCCCUUGCCCGGGAGGGAAGCCGUCCCCCCACACCCUCCACCCCCGAAGCCCCUCUCUCUCCUCGCCCACCUCUGCCGGGAGUGAGCGCCGCGGCUGUGCGGAAAAGCCAUGGGAGGCAAGACCUCGGCACCUGUUCAGCUGAAAUCAAGGGCUUACAGUAUACUGGGCAGUCUGGCUUGGUGGUAGAAACGAGCGAAAGGAAGGAGAAGCAAGCAAGAAAAAGUGAGACAGGAUUGGAGCAACUGCCGCUGCCGGGAAAAAAAAAAAAUAAAAACCCAAGGAAGAUAACUGGGAAGGAAAAGGAUUUUCAUGGCGCAGGCUGCAGAGCUAAGCAAGAAGACUGAAGCCUGAUGACCAUAGCUGUGGGGACCGACUACUGGCUUUACUCCAGAGGGGUUUGCAAGACUAAAACUGUCAGUGAGAACGAAACCAGCAAAAAGAACGAGGAAGUCAUGACCCAUUCUGGAUUAUGGAGAACCUGCUGCCUGGAAGGGAAUUUUAAAGGUCUGUGUAAGCAAAUCGAUCACUUCCCUGAGGAUGCAGAUUAUGAAGCCGAUACAGCAGAAUAUUUCCUCCGGGCUGUUAGAGCCUCUAGUAUUUUCCCGAUCCUGAGUGUGAUUCUGCUUUUCAUGGGUGGACUCUGCAUUGCAGCCAGCGAGUUCUACAAAACCCGACACAACAUCAUCCUUAGUGCCGGCAUCUUCUUUGUGUCUGCAGGUCUAAGUAAUAUAAUUGGCAUCAUUGUAUACAUAUCAGCCAACGCUGGAGACCCCUCCAAGAGUGACUCCAAGAAGAACAGCUACUCCUAUGGCUGGUCCUUCUAUUUUGGGGCCCUGUCCUUCAUUAUAGCCGAGAUGGUGGGAGUGCUGGCUGUCCACAUGUUCAUAGACCGGCACAAACAGUUGCGUGCCAACGCUCGUGCCACGGACUACCUCCAGUCCUCCGCCAUCACCCGCAUCCCCAGCUACCGGUACCGCUAUCAGAGACGCAGCCGCUCUAGCUCCCGCUCCACUGAGCCUUCACACUCCAGGGAUGCCUCUCCCGUCGGGAUCAAAGGGUUCAACACCCUUCCAUCAACAGAGAUCUCGAUGUACACCCUGACCAGGGACCCGCUGAAGGCAACCACUACCCCCACCGCCACCUACAACUCCGACAGGGAUAACAGUUUCCUCCAGGUUCACAACUGUAUCCAGAAAGAGAACAAGGACUCUAUCCACACCAACACAGCCAACCGCCGGACCACCCCGGUAUGAAGCCGUCACCAGGAGCUGAAAAUGGGGCAGAAGUGGGCAGGAGGAGACAGG